AUGGCUAUCACACAGCCCCGUAUCGAAGACAGCAACCAUGACUUUGAAUUUGCGAACCGAGGACUUCUGCGAACCGACCGGGAUUCUUACAUUUUGUCAGACACCACCAAUCAAAUUGUCUGGGAUACCGAGGCUUAUGCAUUCCUCCAGGAAGAGGCCCCAGAGACUGCAAAUGCGUCGUUAUGGAGGCAAGGGCAGCUCUGCAGUGUGACCGCGGGCCUCUAUCACGUCACCGAAGGUGUUUAUCAAAUCCGUGGGCUUGAUCUUGCAAACAUGAGCAUUGUCAAAAUUCCAAACUCGAACGGAAUUAUCAUCAUCGAUUGCUUGACCUCGGUUGAGACCGCACGUAGAGCUAUUCAGCUCUACCAGGUUGAACAUAGAGAUAGGCAUGGCCAAGACGCGGAAAUCAAGGCCCUCUUCUAUACACAUUGCCAUGCAGACCAUUUUGGUGGCGCUCAGGCCAUUAUCGACAUCGCAACAAAAGCCGGAACUGCUCUUCAAAUCAUAGGUCCUGACGGCUUCCUGGAACACGCUGUCAGUGAGAACGUGUAUGCCGGACCGGCAAUGGCUCGCCGAUCUAUCUACAUGUACGGAGAGGCCUUGGAAAAAUCUCCUGUCGGGCAGAUCGGCUGCGGACUCGGGCAAGCUUUGUCGACUGGAACCAGCUCGCUUGUGGCGCCCCUACAGAAUAUCACCAAGAGUGGGGUUCUCGCCCCAGGCAUUGAGGGUCUGCAGAUUAUCUGCCAAUUGACUCCGGGAACCGAAGCCCCUGCAGAAGUAAACUUUUACUUCCCUGACUAUAGAGCGCUGUGUAUGGCGGAGAAUGCGACCCACACCUUGCACAAUAUCCAAACGCUGCGAGGUGCUCCAGUACGUGACGCACGACUCUGGUCACGAUAUAUGGAUGAAUCGAUUACCCUAUUCGGUGACAAAAGUGAUGUGGUGUUCUCUAGCCACCACUGGCCCACCUGGAACCAUGAUGGAAAGCUGGUGGUCAACUUUCUAUCCGAACAACGGGAUUAUUACGCCUACCUGCACAAUGAGACACUUCGGCAGCUUAAUGACGGCAAGACCCCCGUCGAAAUUGCGGAAGAGAUUGAGAUGCCUCCAACUCUGAGUGCGCGGACAAACCUCCGUGGCUACUAUGGCUCAAUCAGUCACAAUGUCAAAGGAGUCUAUGACCACUACAUGGGUUGGUUCAAUGGAAACCCUGCUUAUCUGUGGCCACUCACUCCCGUUGAUGAAGCAACUGAACUUGUAAAAUGUAUGGGUGGCAGCAAAGCUGUUCUUGAAAUGGCCCAGGUUUAUCACACUAACAAGAAUUUGCGAUUCGCCGCUACAUUGUUGGACAAGCUUGUUUUUGCAACCCAAAGCAGUCCUGACGAAAAGAAUAGCGAGGUUGCCAAAGAGGCAAAGGAGGAACUGGCGGCUGUGUAUACCGAGCUGGGAUACAGCACGGAAAAUGGAACGUGGCGCAAUUUCUUCCUCACCGGGGCCUUCGAGCUGCAAAACGGGCCCCAGGCGGCGAUCAACGCAAUGACACCUCAGUCGAUGAUGGCUCUAGGCUUUGACCAGCUAUUCGAUAUCAUCGCUAUCCGUAUCAAUGGACCAGAGGCGUUCAAGCAACCCACGAAAUAUCUUGAAAAGGAAAUCACCAUUGAUUUUAUGGUCGAGGACAUGGAACAACUCGAAAAGCCAGGUGCGGGAUGGCACCUGAGACUCAGCAAUGCUGCCCUGACGGGGCAUGCCGUUCCAUAUACGGCAUCUCCGAACCCUCGAAACGCCGAAAUUACUCUGACUGUCUGGCUCAAGCACCAGGAACUCGUGGCCCUCAUCGGAGCUGCAGCUGCUAGCAAGACCCCGAAUCUCGACAAGCUCAUAAUUUCCGGGAACGUGGACGCUUGGACCGAUAUCACGUCCCUGGUCACUGUGCCAAACCCUGCAUUCAACAUUGUAACGCCUUAG